AUGGCUGCUGGAAGGUUACUGCUCUAUGCUGGCCUCUCUUUAGCUCUGUGUGCCCUGGGCAUGCUGGCUGUGGCAAUCUGCUCUGACCACUGGUACGAAACUGAUGCCAGGAAGCACAGGGAGAGGUGCAAGAGCAUCACUACGAAGAGAAAUGAUCCUGGCUUCAUUUAUAACUCCAACAACAACCUGCCUCUCAGGGCCAGCAGGUCUAGGUUGGACCGCUGGGAAGGGAAACUCCUCUUGACGAGAAACAGGAGGCAGAUCUUUGCCAUGAGCGCAGUCGACGAGUGCAACAGACAGUACAACUCCACCAACAUGGGGCUCUGGAGGAAAUGCCACCGACAAGGAUUCGACCAAGAGCUGGAGGAGCUCAUUGCCAAAG